UAGAUGAGUGUUUUUCAAGCACUUUUAAAGGCAAAGCCACCCUUCAAAUGAAAUGUUUGGCAGAGUUGCAAUGAAGCAAAACUGACAGGUACAGCAAGGUGCUGCUCUGGUGGAAGGGAAACGUGGAGCCCUGGGCAGAGGGGGUGCAGCUGCAUCCAAGGGGCCCCGAGGGACCCUAAGGAGUCCUGUUGGCCACCGUGUGAGGAGGAGUAUUGGGCUGGCUUCUUACCUCUGACUGCUUCCUACUUGAGCAUUCCUCUCUAGUACACAUUCAACCCAUGCUGUUGUCCUUGUAUAGUUUUGAGGGGAGGAGGAGGGGGCAAGAUGGUAGAGGCCAGACUUGCUCCAUGUCUAGCGCCCCGAGAAGCAGCAGUCCUUCCCCUUGUACUCUCAGGCCAGCCCCUCAGUCGAGGCUCCCCCGGGGAGCCCAGGCUGGGGGCUAGAAACACAAAAGGAUUGGACUCCUUAAUGAGGAGGCAUCUGUAGUCAGCAGAGCCAUUAGUCCCCGCCCCAGGUCCCUGGGGGGCUGCAAGCUCUUCUCCAGCUGGAGUGAGGAGGGGGAAGGUAGCGCCCCAGCUCCUGAAUGGGCAGAGCCCAGGGCGCACAGACAGCAAAUCCAGGAGCAUAGGUGCCCCCUCCACUCCCUAGGCCUGCAUCCAGCCCUGCCCUCCUGGAGGUUGAGGUCUGCAGGCAGCAGAGGGGAUCCAGCAGUGACUUGACCCCCUCCUACGCACUCCUGGGCUGACCUGCAGGUCCUUGGCCAAACAUAGCCUUUGGCCUGAGAGAGGGCAGGCUGACCCUCUGGGGAUCCUCUCACCAAGCCUGAUGGGGACACCAGCUGGGAUACUUGCCCCCACCUCCUGCUCUGAGGGCCUCCUUUAUAAGACUUCUACCUUCGUGGGAAUACAUGAGAUUAUCUGCACAGUACCAGAAUCACACACUAGCCACAGGAGCUGAGAGAUACAAAUUCCCAUUCAAAUCCAGCCAUAGACACUCAGCCCACAUCCAUGGACACAGCCACAUCCUCCCAGAGAAGACAGCUCUGCACACAUGUGCAAGGAGCUGCUCACACCCAUCAGCUGCACUCCCAGGAGGCCCUGAAAGAGGAGGAGGCAGGGCGGGGGAUUUUUAUGCAUGUUUAUAUUUAAUGAACCACAUGCAAAUGAGAUGGAGACCACGCCACAAAAGAGUCAGCCCCCAGAGACUCUGGGAAGAAGGGUACAAAGGCUCAGCCUUCUGGGGCUGCCCUGGAGUCUUGAACAAGCCGGUGGAUUGAGGGGGCCCGAGAUGGGGUGUGCCCACCCACACCAGGGAGCCAGGGGCAGGAGCCAGGACAAGCUCCAGCGCCCAACCUGCUGUGGGGGGAGGGCUCCUUCUGGGAGGGGAUGACUGUCCCAGUUGAUGGAGUGCCGGAGGGGAGGGGCUGCCUGCCUGGACAGAUGCCAUGUCCGACUUCCACGUGCAUCCUCAGGCCACCGUGGGAGAGGAGGGCGGUGUGGCCCGCUUCCAGUGCCAAAUCCACGGGCUGCCCAAACCCCUAAUCACGUGGGAGAAGAACAGAGUCCCCAUUGACACGGACAAUGAGAGGUACACACUGCUGCCCAAGGGGGUCCUGCAGAUCACAGGACUUCGGGCUGAGGACAGUGGUGUCUUCCACUGCGUAGCCUCGAACAUUGCCAGUGUCCGGGUCAGCCACGGGGCCAGGCUCACCGUGUCAGGCUCAGGCUCCGGGGCCUACAAGGAGCCAAUGAUACUCGUGGGGCCUGAGAACCUCACCCUGACAGUGCACCAGACUGCGGUGCUUGAGUGUGUCGCCACGGGCAACCCGCGCCCCAUUGUGUCCUGGAGCCGCCUGGAUGGCCGCCCCAUUGGGGUGGAGGGCAUCCAGGUGCUGGGCACUGGCAAUCUUAUCAUCUCAGAUGUAACCGUCCAGCACUCCGGCGUCUAUGUCUGUGCAGCCAACAGGCCAGGCACCCGGGUGAGGAGAACAGCACAAGGCCGGCUGGUGGUGCAAGCCCCAGCUGAGUUUGUCCAGCACCCCCAGUCCAUCUCCAGGCCAGCUGGGACCACAGCCAUGUUCACCUGCCAAGCCCAGGGUGAGCCGCCCCCUCAUGUCACAUGGUUGAAGAAUGGACAGGUGCUGGGGCCAGGAGGCCACGUCAGGCUCAAGAAUAACAACAGCACCCUGACAAUUUCUGGAAUCGGCCCUGAGGAUGAGGCCAUCUACCAGUGUGUGGCUGAGAACAGUGCUGGCUCCUCACAGGCCAGCGCCAGGCUGACCGUGUUAUGGGCUGAGGGGCUGCCUGGCCCCCCCCUCAAUGUGCAGGCAGUCUCUCUGUCACCCACUGAGGUCCGUGUGUCCUGGAAUGAGCCCCUGGUCAACACCAAGGAGAUUAUCGGCUAUGUCCUGCACAUCAGGAAGGCUGCUGACCCUCCGGAGCUGGAGUACCAGGAGGCAGUCAGCAAGAACACCUUUCAGCACCUGGUGAGCGACCUUGAACCCUCCACUGCCUACAGCUUCUACAUCAAGGCCUAUACCCCAAGGGGGGCCAGCUCAGCCUCUGCCCCCGUGCUGGCCAGCACCCUGGGUGAAGCACCUGCCCCACCCCCGUUGUCCGUGCGGGUCCUGGGCGGCUCCUCCCUGCAGCUGCUGUGGGAGCCCUGGCCCCGGCUGGCCCAGCAUGAGGGAGGCUUCAAGCUGUUUUACCGCCCAGCAAGCAGGGCCUCCUUCACCGGCCCCGUCCUGCUGCCUGCAACAGUCUCCUCCUACAACCUCAGCCAACUCGACCCCACCACGGUGUACGAGGUGAAGCUGCUGGCCUACAACCAGCAUGGGGAGGGCAAUGCCACAGUCCGCUUCGUAUCUUUGAGAGGAGCAUCUGAGAGGACAGCCCUGAGCCCACCAUGUGACUGCCGGAAGGAGGAACCCACCAACCAAACGUCCACCACAGGCAUCGUCAUUGGCAUCCACAUCGGGGUCACCUGCAUCAUCUUCUGUGUCCUCUUCCUCCUGUUCGGUCAAAGGGGCAGGGUCCUCUUGUGUAAGGAUGUAGAAAACCAGCUCUCCCCUCCUCAGGGCCCCCGGAGCCCAAGGGAUCCUAGCAUCCUGGCACUGAAUGGGGCAGGACGGGGAGAGCGGGGCCGAGACAAGAAGCGCGUGGACAUGAAAGAACUGGAACAGCUGUUCCCCCCAGCUGGGGCAGUGGGGCAGCCGGACCCCAGACCCGUGCAGGAUCCUGGGGACCCUGCCCUGUGUGAGGAGACCCAGUUCUCCAUGCUGCCACUUGAGGGAUUCAGCCUUCUGGAGGAGAUGACAUCAGAAGCCAAGGCCCCCUUCGCAGGCCCCGCAGCUGCCCUGCCACCCCAGGACGGAGGCCCCGGGUUCCUCAGUGAAGGACAGGCUACUCGGGCCUCCACAGCACCAGCUGCCCAGCCAGCUCACUCAGGCCAGUAGCCAGUGUCUGGCAGGCUCCAGAGGGGGCAACCCCCCAUUCUCAGGUCAAAGGCAAGAUUUCUCCUGUCAUGUGGGACUCGGAUGGGGGCUUCCCAGCAUUUCUGUCCUGACUGCCCCUCAGGUUGUCAAGACCUAAAGUAGCCUCAGCAGGGACCUCCCUCCCUAGAACCUGGAGGGGGUUCCUUCAGGAGCCCCUCCCUUGGACUAAUGUCCCCCCUCACCUCUGCCUGGUACCCACAUGACUUGGAACUGAACUAAUGUUUUCCUUUAAAAAAAAAAAAAAAAAAAGAAAAGAGAGGGGAAGGUGAAUUAGACUCCAAAAAUACGCCCCUGCUGUGGCUGGGCCCCUGACACUGUCACCCUCCACUGACCUUGUUUUCUCAGGAUGGAUUUUUGCUGUUUGGCUCUCAGCACCUACCUCAGCCGGAAUGAAUGUUCUUGGGGGAGUUGGGCCGUGGCCUCAGCCCCCAUCCCCAAACAGAGCCCCAAAUGCACUCCUACCUCAAGCCCCUGUAGGGGCACCCCCCUCUCCCUUCCCAUAUUGUUGUCAAGAGUUUAAAAAAAAAAAAAGAAAAAGAAAAAAAAAAAAAAGCACUUCCCCAUUUCCAGGUGUGAAAGAAAACAUCUACCUCAAGGCUCGCUGGCUCUCUGGGCCUGGUUGUAUCACUGGACCCUCCUCCUGCCCACAGCCCUUCUAUUGCUCCCCCAGAGAGGAGGCCAGAGGCUAAGUCAUCAAGGGCAGGCCUCUCAGGAACUACAGAAAUAAAAAUGGAAUUGGUCAAAGAAAAUGUGAAAAAAAAAAAAAAGCCAAAAAUGAGAGGAAAAUUUGUUCCUUAAAGUAUAAAUUGCUCCAAACCAGCCACCUCCCAGCAUGCUGCCGUUGCUCCUCCUUGUCCGUCUGUCCACUCCCGUUCCUACCCCUCAAGCCAACUGAUCCUCAACUUGGAUCCCCACGACUCUCUCUCGGCCUGAGUGGGGGCGGGGGGAUGUCACCAUGCGGCCUGCCUCCUAUUCUGCCCAGAGACACGGAGACCCUGGAGCGGACUGGGCGUGUGACAGGUGUGUGCGCGUGUCGGACAGGGAGAUUUCCCUGGCACAGAUGCCCAGCGCUCUAUCCCAUGGGACAUGGCCUGUUUGACCCAACCCCCGAACAGUGGAACGACCACUGUCAGCAGAUGUGGCUGGAAGAUAUUUUUAUACAAGGUGUGUUUAAAGAUUUAUGUUCUUGUGACUUCUUGUUUUUCCUUUCUGUUGUGUUGUUUUUCAAUAUACUUAAAGUAGGAGAAAAAAAAAAAAACAAGGAAACAAAUACCUAUUUUUGGUUAAUUCAUUUUUUAAAAUAGAAGUAAAACUUUUUUUUAAAGGAAAAAAAAAAAGAUAAGUGUAUUCCUUAAGUAUGAGAUUAGACCAUAAAGUCCCUGACCCCCAAACCCUAAAGUUUAGUUAACUAGCUGAAGAAGGUAGAAUUUGUGGUGUUUUCCUAGGAGACUGGAGUCAUGUCCACGUGGACUCGGGAAAGGGCAGCCUGCCCCUUCUCCCAAAUGCUGGGCCUGUGCCGACGGCCCCUCAAAACUCCCACUCUGUCCCUGCAUUGGCCUCUCUGCACCCCCCUUCAUCCUGGAACCCCCUCUCCCAUGGGAAGAGCGGUCUGGGGUAGGAGAGGGAUGGGAAGCCCGCUGGCCUGACUUGACCUGAGUUUUGUCACACUCUACUCAUUCUGACUGAAUAAAAGUCCUGUUGCCAAAGUGAA